GUCUUGUUUAUUAAUCGUUUUGUGUCUUUUUUCUCAUAUAACUUUAACGUCAGGUAUCAUGGAUGUGUUAGCUGCUUUUGUAGCUUAUUUGUUUCCCGCAAUUCUUAAACCGGAUGGUUUAUUGCCUUUUGAUCCUAAACCUUUCAAUGUUGCUGUCAGCCACCGGUAUGUAAAGUAUCAUUGCAAAGUACAAACAAUAUCAAUGUAUUAAGUCAAAGUUACUUUCAGGUUUGAAGGCAGAUUUCAGACAAACUCUGUAUGGGCAGCACAUCGCGUCCGAAGUCACACUAAAAGCUGUAUCGUCGUUCAUGGCUGACAGCAAUCCCAAUAAACCGCUGGUCCUGUCUUUCCAUGGGACAGCAGGGGUAGGGAAAAAUCAUGUUGCUAAAAUCAUCGCAAGAAACAUUUAUGAAAAAGGAGACCAGAGCAUGCAUGUUAGCACAUUUAUAUCUGAGCUUCAUUUCCCACACGACCACUUGACCGACCAGAACAAUGCAAAGCUAAAGGAGUGGAUUCAUAAAAGAGUAUCAAGUUUCCCUCACUCCAUGUUCAUAUUUGAUGAAAUGGACAAGAUGAACCCAAAGCUUAUUGAAACCAUAAAGCCAUUUCUGGACUACAACUCCCAUGUAAAUGGAGUGUCAUACCGCAAUGCACUCUUUAUUUUUCUCAGUAAUGCAGGUGGACAAGUGAUCACAAACUUGACUUUGGAUUUCUGGAGAAAUGGCAAAAAAAGAGAAGAAAUACAGAUAAACAGCAAGGAACUGGAGACGCAGAUUGUUCAAAACGUCUUCAAUGCUAAAAACAGUGGAUUUAGGCACUCCAGUCUCUUGGGUCAGCAUCUGAUUGAUCAUUUUAUUCCUUUCCUACCUCUGGAACUGAAGCAUGUGCGUCAGUGCGUCCUGUCUGAAAUGGCCCACCUGAACAUGACCGAAGACUUUGAUCUGGCUGACAGAGUGGCCAGAGACAUGCCUUUCUUUCCUCCAGAGGAGAAAAUCUUUGCUGUUAAAGGCUGCAAGUCAGUCAGACAGAAGCUGGCGCUUUAUGCUGAUGAUUAGAUGAAAAAGACUUGAGCUGCACUUUUUGUCCACAUUGUACUGUUUCUGAUUAGACUGUUGUUUUAUUAGCUGACCGACAAUGAAGUAUGACAUUUUUUGCUUUUUAAUAUUUCAGUGUUGAUAAGUUACCUUGCUUAGUCUGGAUUUAAAGCUGUGUAAUGUCUGUGUCUAGUGUCACCAAGUGGAAUUUCAAUAAUAAUCGCUGUUUUCAAACAGUUUUCAGAAAACUUCCCCAUCUUUCAUUGGCUGUUCAAAGAGAUAUUUCCGCCCCAUACACACGCCAUUGGUCGAGUCAGUGUUGCUGUUUCAAGCUGGCUUGUUUUUGUUUUCUUUUUCAUGCCUUACACUUUUUUUUUUUUUUAAAGAAAGUACACAACUUAUAUAUGGGAGUUUCUUCAGCUUUGAGCACUUUCAGCUCUGUGAAUUUCUAGAAGAAAUAAAAAAUUAUACCCUCAAUAUUUUAUUUAAUUUGUCUACUAAAAAUGUCCAACAAUGUGUGUACAGGCAUCACAGGAGAUUUUUCAUUUUUUUAUGAAAAUGAUGAAAAUUCCCAUCACAGUGUCAUUUCCAAUACAUCUCAACUUCUGUAUUGUGUUUAAUAGAAUGGCCGACUCCUUUGUAUUGCUAAGGCUGAUUUCAUGGCUAACAUUUUAUUUCUCCUACAUGCACACAAUUAAAUAAUAUUUUCACUCUUUAUACAUACUUUGGCAAAGGUAUGGCUUGACUGGAAAUGAUGCCCUAUAAAAAUAAUAAUAAAAAUAAAGUAAUAUUUACCUUGAAUUUUCUUUGCUUUCUUCAAACAUCAUCUGUCUCACAUUUUAU